GCGAGAGGCUGCGGCCGCCCUGGAAGAGCUGGGGAAGGAUCGGGAGGCGGGAGGAGCGGCUGCUAAGGUGCGGCCGCCCAGGAGCCGGAGCGUGGCGGACUAUGACAGUGUUUUCUGCAGAGUCCUUCUCCGGUCCACCGUCUCCGAAGCUUUCCUGAACCAUCUCUUGGCGGAGCCGCCCUCAGUUUGCCUGGUUAAUGAUGGAAGGGAAGAUGGCUGAUAUUAACUUCAAAGAAGUGACUUUGAUAGUCGGCGUGGUUGCUGCCUGCUACUGGAACAGUCUGUUCUGUGGGUUUGUUUUUGAUGAUGUUUCAGCAAUACUGGAUAACAAAGACCUGCACCCAUCUACACCUUUAAAAACUUUAUUUCAGAAUGACUUCUGGGGAACUCCUAUGUCUGAGGAGAGAAGCCACAAGUCAUACAGGCCCUUAACAGUGUUGACAUUUCGCUUAAAUUACCUCCUCAGUGAACUAAAGCCCAUGUCUUACCACCUCCUGAAUACGGUGUUCCAUGCUGUGGUCAGUGUGAUCUUUCUCAAGGUCUGCAGACUUUUUCUGGAUAAGAGGGGCAGUGUGAUUGCGGCUCUGCUCUUUGCAGUGCACCCAAUCCAUACGGAAGCAGUCACAGGUGUUGUAGGAAGAGCUGAACUCUUAUCCUCUGUCUUUUUCCUAGCUGCAUUCCUGUCGUAUACUAAAUCCAAAGGACCAGACAAUUCCAUAGUGUGGACUCCGAUUGCAUUGACAGUGCUCUUAGUGGCUGUUGCAACAUUGUGUAAAGAACAAGGGAUAACAGUUGUCGGAAUCUGUUGUGUAUAUGAAGUAUUUGUGGCCCAAGGGUACACUUUGCCAUUGUUAUGUGCCGUUGCUGGACAGUUUCUCCGCGGGAAGGGUAGCAUUCCAUUUUCUAUGCUACAGACAUUAAUAAAACUCAUUGUCUUGAUGUUCAGUACUUUACUACUUGUCGUGAUCAGAGUCCAAGUUAUUCAGUCACAACUUCCAGUGUUUACGAGGUUUGAUAAUCCAGCCGCUGUAAGCCCAACCCCUACAAGGCAGCUGACUUUUAACUACCUCCUUCCUGUGAAUGCUUGGCUUCUAUUGAAUCCUUCAGAACUCUGCUGUGAUUGGACCAUGGGAACAAUACCACUGAUAGAAUCAUUUCUAGAUGUUCGAAAUCUUGCCACUUUUGCUUUCUUUUGCUUUCUGGGUGCUUUGGGAAUAUUCAGUCUCAGAUACCCUGGUGACUCCUCCAAGACUGUCCUAAUGGCGCUUUCUUUAAUGGCGUUACCAUUUAUUCCCGCAUCAAACCUCUUCUUUCCUGUUGGAUUUGUUGUUGCAGAGCGAGUACUAUAUGUUCCUAGCAUGGGGUUCUGUAUUUUAGUAGCCCAUGGAUGGCAAAAAAUUUCAAACAAAAGUGUCCUGAAAAAGCUCUCCUGGGUUUGUCUGUCCAUGGUGAUAUUAACCCAUGCCUUGAAAACACUCCAUAGAAAUUGGGACUGGGAGUCAGAAUAUACAUUGUUUAUGUCAGCCUUAAAGGUGAAUAAAAACAAUGCCAAAUUAUGGAAUAAUGUGGGUCAUGCUCUGGAAAAUGAGAAGAACUUUGAGAAAGCUUUGAAAUACUUUUUGCAGGCUACCCAUGUUCAGCCAGUGAAAAGUAAAAAUCACCAGUAGAAAGGAAAGGAAAGGACUCGUUUGAGAUGUGAGAACAAGAGAGAAGGCAAAAUGGUCAUGUAAGAGACAGUGCUUCUAAACCUCCAUGUGCAUAGAAACCUAGAGAUCUUGUUCUCCUGGCCAUUCUGGUGCAGAUUAGAUACCACCUGAAAUUGUACAUUCCUAGUAAGCUCUCUUAUGAUGUAUCCACAUGAAGCAAAGGUAGGCAGCUAGAAAAAUAUACAGUUGCCAACCAUCAUCAUCACCCUGGAUUAGUAAUAACUGAAAAUUAAAUCAAUUGAUACAGUUAAAUGGUUUUCUCCUCAGCUAAGGUAAUGAAUUACUCUGUUACUAAGGCUUAGAAUAUUUUUUAGAUGUGUUUUACUAAGGAAAAAAAAAUGCUAAGGGCUCAAUUAUAGUAACUUUAUAAUCCAAAUUAAAUCAAAAGGGGUGGGAGAAAAGAGAUCAGAUCAGUAGAUAUGUCUUAACGAAAUGGUAGCAUCUGAGUAGUGUGUAACUCGAACAGCAGUGUUUUACAGUAGAGUGCUCUUGACAUUGCUAGUAUGCAGAAUUGUUUCACCAAAGGUGUAUCCAAUUACCAGUCCCACAAGAUGUCAUCAUUUAUUCUAUUCAGAGACAAGUGAAACAAUCCCCAUAUUUUAACUAUCUCGCAAAUGGUCCAGUGGUGAGCACUGCCUUAUUUUUUUCUAUUUUGUAAAAUUAUGACCUUUGAACUGAGUGUUAAGGUAAGAAAGAGGUGUUAAGAUAGGAGAGUUUAUUGACAAAAAGAACAUCAAGGCCACAGAGUGAGAAAAUAACAUAUGUACGUUCAGUGUAGUGACACACUCUCUAUGCCAGUACUUAAAGGCAGAGGCAAGUGGGUCUCUGGGGUCAAAGUCAGCUUGAUCUAUCUACUUGGUAAGUUCUAGGAUGGCUAGGGCCAUAGAGAGAGACUAUGUCUUGUACAUUGCUGAAAUUAAAGCAUUUUGAAAAUGGUGAUGUUAGAGCCCAGGAUUUGUGAAUCAAAUAUUGGUAGCCGUGAAAAUAGAAGUAGAUAAACAGUUUCAUAAUCAUCGUUGUUGAGUGUUUUUAUUUUUUAAAGCACUGAGAAUUGUCUGGAAUGAAAAUUGGAGGUUAUGGGUCACACCUACUCUUCCUCCAGGCCCAAUUUGCACAGGAUAAGAAAUGGUCAUAGUCACCACACUAAGAAGGACAGUUAACUGUGUCAUUAACCCAAAACCAAAUUCAAUUAGAACAGGACGAAAUGAAGGCUAUAGAAAUGUCACUGUUACUAAUCUAUCUUCCUUAGUUUUCAUGUAGUCUAGUUUUGCUUGGAAUAUGGAGUAUGUGUCCUAUAUCUCCUCUUUGAUUUAUGUAUCUUCUUGACCCCGUAAUGUAUUUUUCUCCUCCCAUCUGUCUUCUACCUUAACAUACUUUGCUGUCUGCACUAGUCAUCUUGUAUAACCAGCCUCACAGCCACUUUCCCAGGCCUCUUCCCUUCUGAGUAACAGCACUUAUGUGUAGACCCCUUACAUUUGCUUUUCAUAGCUUUUCUGUGAGAUACACGUGUAUUUAUAAUUCAGGUCCUUUGAAAUACUAAUUUAUUUAAAAUGUUGUGCUUCCUUAUGGCAGCAUAAACAUCCGAUUCAUGUUUUACACUUGCAUCAACUGAUUGAUCCUAUAUACAAACAAAUUCACUAAACAUAGUAAUUCUAAUUUAUUUUAGUCUUAGAUUUUCAUCCUAUCAUUUUAAAAUUUUUGUUGCUGCAUUGUGUGUGUGUGUGUGUGUGUGUGUGUGUGUGUGUGUGUGUGUGUGUGUGUGUGUGUGUUGCAUGCUUACGACAGUCACAGGACGGUUAGAAUCCAUUCUCCUCUUCAAUCUUGUGGGUCCAGGGGAACGAAUUCAGGUCACCAGGCUCUGCACCUUUACAAAUGAGCCAUCUUCCCAGCUUAAAUUAUCACUUUCUUAUCAAACACUUAAGAUUUAAGCCUGCUCACUCCUACCUCACUUCUGUGUUGGAAUGGGGAUUUCUGUCUCAGCAUUUUUGUAAAGAUAAAUCAAGUGCAUGUGUGAUACAUAUUUAUGAGUGAUCAGUUUUCUUGUGUGAAUGGUUAAGAUUGCAGAUGUAAGAGUUUACCUAAACAACACACCCUCAGUUUUUACUUAUUUCUAUUUCAAGCGUACCCUGUAUUUAGCCUGAAUAUGACUUUACUCUCAACAUGUUCAAAAGUAAGUUUUAAUAAGCCGUAGUCUGGGAAGAUCGAUAGUCAGCAUCCUUAUGAUGAAUUUAGAAACCCUGAGUAUAACAUUUAUGGUAUGCUUCUUGACUUCUUGCUAUAUACCUAUGCUUAUAGGGCCAGUUGGCAUGUAGGAUGACAUGUUAUAAUAUUGUAUUGCUAGAUAUUGCAGAAAGUAACAGAAAGACCAGGGUAAGGAAAAAGAGGCGGUUAUUUGUGGUUGAAAUGUUAGAAUCUGAAACAUUUAUGGUACCGUGGGCCUGUAGUGUCAGCACUCAGGAGAUGGCCAGAAAGAUAAAAUUGGUGGUUAGGGGAUGCCUCAGCAGACUAAGGCUUUUGUAUGUUAAACAUUGGGGGAAGGAGGGGGUGGAGAUGAGGAUAACCUUAGUUACAUAAUGGGAAUGCUUACUGUUAUCAAAUAAACCUUAUAUUAAAAUUAAUCCAAUCACAAUUGUUCCAUAUAUUUUGAAAAAUAAUCAGGUGUCUUUGUAUAGGUUAAAUGCUCAUCAGAAACUUAAGCCAGUGUCUAGCCCAUGGUAGCAUAACAACUUUAAACUAUGUAUGCAAAUAUAUUUUUAUUAAUGCCUCUAGGGAAUAAAAAGAUAAUUUACAACUGUGGGAUACAGUAGAUAUCCAUGUUUGCCAUUACUGUAUUAAAUAUUGAGAUAAUCAACUUCAAAUAAGACAAAGAAAGUUUUAGGUGACUUCAUCCGUUACUUUGAGCCUUUGGGUAGGCAAUAUUCAUGACAGCAUUAUAGCAGAAUGAUUCUCACUUCGUGACAGACAGAAAGCAAAGUAGCAGGAAAAUGCCUGGGUUCAAAUAUUCUCCUUAUGGCUUACCUUCAGUGACCUAACUUCCCACCACUAGCCAAUCAUCUCUUAAAGGUCCCUCCACUUCACAAGAGCAUAGAACCUGUAUAGAUGACCUUUGACUGGCAGUCCAGAACCAGGUUACACCAGAGAGAAAGGGGAAAGGGAGAAUAAUAGCAGUUGGUUCAUCACCUGUACAUUGAAAACUUAGCCAUGCGUCAGCCACUGCUUUAACUGCUAAAAUCCAGCAAUGAGUAGAACUAUUGCUUUGAGCCUCCCAUUGGAAAUGUAGUUUAAAAUUUACUCUAUUCUUUUUGACAUUUGAUGAUUUUAAAAGUUGGUCGUAUAAACUGAUAAUAGAUGAAUAACAGGGAAAAAAAAAAACAGUUGUAUUACCUGCCUAAGGAUGAGUUUCAAUGACUGAACCUUGUAUAGGUUUAGCAGCAGGAUGGGGUCUUGGGCGCUGUGGGGGAGGGGAGCUGUGCUCAGUGUGCCAGGCAUUCUACUGAUUAAGUUUCCUAGGCAACAACCUUUUGAGAUUUUCUUUGUCAGUGCCAGAUGUCCAAUCCCUAAUUUUUUUUUUCCUAUUUGGAAAGAAUAUCCCUAGACAAGUAGGAGGAUAUCAGAAAAAUCUUGUCUGUUUGCUUUUUACAUCACUAAUAUUAGUACAAAUACAUUUAUUUCUUAGGGUCAUUAAUUUCCUUGAUUAACCAACUCGAAAUAUACAGCCAAAAAUGUAUAUGUGUGUGUAGUCAUGUCUUUUUAAGUACCUAAAAUUUUAGUUAAAAUAUAAAAAUAAACAACAUAGAGAUUAGAAGUAAUGACUAGAGAAUGACUCCUGAAAAAUUAUCAUUUGACAGAGAAUAAAGUGAGAUCAGAUUCAUUGAAGGUAAUUUUGAGGAACGCUGGCUAUGCAAAGCACAGUAAAAGGAAGUGGAGACCAUUUAGAAAGUGUUUCUGUAUUGCCCAUAAGUCCAUUACCAUCAAACAGGGACAGUAUCCCUCAGGUUUCAAAAUCUUUCUAUCUCUUUACAGUUCUUUCCACCAAAUAAAAUUGAACUGCUUUCAGUUGCCAUAUAUUUCUUUACUCUUCUAAAAUUGUAUAUGAAGAACUCAUCUUCUAUGGACUCAUUUUUCGCUGGAUUUCUUGUAUAAUUUUUUGUUGCUUAUCAAUAUUGUUCAUAAAUUCUAAAAAAAGAAAAAACAAUACUUUUUUGUGGCUGACUAGCACUUCUUCAUGUGCAUAUACAACUUCGUCCAGCCAUUUAUCUGUUCAUGGACUGUUGGAUUAUUUGCAGUUCAGAGUUAUUUGAAGCAAAAUUGUUAGGAACAUUUAGUUCUCACAACUUACUACUCUGACAGUUUUUUUCUUGCAUUCCAUUGAAUCAUAAAGAGCAUCACAUACAGGAUUGUUGCUCUCCUGCUUUGGGAAUAGCCCAUAAUAUAUAAGAUUGUCCCCUAUGUGUCCUGGGAGUGGCACUCAAAGAGAACUCUGCUCCACAGUUGCAGAUCCUCAGUGUUGCAGGCAGGUAGAAUCAUAACUGAAACCCUGCCAUGUCUACUAGAUACUAAUGUUGAGUAAAGACUGUCUAAUUUAAGCUCUCCCUUUUAGCUUUAUUCCAAACCUUUGAAUUGUGUCUUUUUAAAACUAUUAUAUAAUUAAUCCUCAUCUUUCUUAAAGAUGCACAGCUAUUCUCCUAAAUAAAUUUAUCGUGUAUUUUUUUCCAUAUCAGGAAAUGAGAUAUAAAUUCUUGACAUUCUGAUAUUAACAUAACUUUAAAAUUCUUUAAGUUAUAUAAGAAUGUAUCAUAAUUUAAAAGAGAGUGAUCACAACUUCUUAUGUCAACCUAUCAACCUGUGACUCAACUCUGAUCACAUUCACAUUUUAUUUGAAAUACAAGUUGUUCCAUUUCUUAGUUGUAAUUCUACCAAGGUACAUAGUUGUCAUUUAAACCCAUGUCCUAAUUAUAGGAAUUAACUGUUGCCAUUUUCACUUGUAAAGUUGAGCUGUAUUUUUUAGUGAUCUAAAACUGAGAUUAAGGAAGUAGAAAUGAGCUGUUGGUAUUAUGGUGUAGUAAAAUGUGAAGUAUUCUGUUGCCUUUCUCUUGCCCUAAACCCUCAGAGAUGCACUUGGGAGGUUUCCCUUGUGGCCGGCACUUUGUGUCCUUACACUACUCUAGUCCUUUUGUUGUGUCCAUCAGUCCUGUCACUUGUAUGUUAUGACAAGUUGUUUUAGAAGAACUUUCCAGAAAGCAGGGCCAGUCCUCUCCCACUCUCUCAAUUGUCUCUGAAAGCCCUCCUUCCAACAGUUGCUCAGAGUAAUGCCUACUGUGUUUGCAUUAAGUGUUCUGUUUUGUUUUAGAUGACAUUGGUGCCCACAUGAAUGUAGGAAGAACGUAUAAAAA